AUGGGCUCAUCGGAAGAAGCUAAGAAUAUCCUCACGCCUAUCCUGAGUGAGCUCAAAAAGCAGCGAGACGCACACAAUUUUGAAAAGGUGUCCGAAUUUUAUGAUCAAAAUGCUGUACAUGUUCAUGCUGGAGAAGCUGUUUACGGGAAAGAUGCAAUAAAUGAACAUUCGAAGAAGUUCUUAGAAAAAUCUGGGAAGUUGACUACAAAGUUGUCCAAUGAGAAGUUCGACAUGGCAGGAGACUUCAUCAUUCUCACAUCUGACUACGAAACGCAGACGGAAAAGAUCGGUGUGCUCAAGGGCAAAUUCACUCAGAUAUGGCGCAAAAACAAUGACACUUAUCUACUUCUACACAUAGAAUACGUACCACAAUGAAAUAACGCAGCUACUAUUUUUAUUCGCCUUUCUUAGGAUAAAUUCUUCCGUGGCUGGUUCCGA